AUGUCUGACUGGCUUCUACAGAAGGAAGGCUUGAGUCAGGAUGCUUACGGAAAAGCUCAGUCAUUGGAGAAGGGAGGGAGGACCACCAAUACCAAUAGUUGUGAAGAGGAUACUCUAGCAGUCUUGUCGCUGCGAAAUCUUCUCUUCGACAUUUGUCUCUUAUUUUAUAUUCUCAACUACCUGGACCGAGGUGCCCUCGCAUUUGUCCGCCCCGUUGGCAUUGAGGACGAACUCCACCUUAAUGGCGUGCAGUUCGAUACCUGCUUGUCUAUCCUCUAUGUCGGGUACUGCUUGUUUCAAAUUCCAUCUAAUUUGAUCCUAUCCAAGUUGAAGCCUUCUCUCUAUCUUCCUGCAUGUAUGAUUAUCUGGGGCAUAGUCUCCGGCACUUCAGCUGCGGCGAAUAACUAUGCUUCUUUAGUAAUCAUUCGCUUUAUUCUUGGAGUUGUCCAGGCACCUUUCUUCCCUGGCGCGAUCUUCUUGAUCUCUUCUUGGUACACCAAGAAGGAGAUGGCCAUGCGAUGUGCUUGGCUUUACGCUGGAAACUUUAUAAGCAACGCUUUUGGAAGCCUCAUAGCACUCGGCGUGACUGAGACUUUGGCUGGGGUUCAUGGCCUCUCUUCAGGGAGAUGGCUUUACAUCAUCGAAGCUUCAAUGACUGGUUUUAUGCAAGCGGCGCGUGACUAUAGAACUUGGAUCAUCUCCACGAACCACAUCUUCAUUACAACUGGCGCCGGCCUUGUUGUGUUUUUCCCCACUGUCGCUAGUACACUAGGGUUUUCAACUCGAAUAACAUACGUUCUCUCCGCUCCUCCCUAUCUUCUAGCGGUUGUGACUGCGAUCUACUCUUGCCACCGUGCCGAUAUUUCUGAGCAAAGAUCCUGCUACAUGGUUGGAACCCUUGGAGUUGCUCUCGUUGGCCUAAUCAUCUUGUCUUCUUCCUCGAAUACGGCUGCGAGAUACUUCUCACUCUUCCUGAUCACAAGCGUUAUGUGGGUAUCAUACAACUGUAACUUAGCUUGGAUUUCGGACUGCAUGCCGCGACCCAUCCAAAAGAAAGCUGUCGCGAUUGGAAUUGUUAGUAUGCUUGGCCAGGCUGGAAACAGAAAAAUCAUUGCUGGUUAUAUUUACCCCAAAACUCAGUCACCGCGUUACUGGAUGGCUGCUACGAUAGAAGCCGUUGCGAUUGUCCUUGCUAUGAUCACGACCCUAGCUUUCCGCGGGCUCUUAGGCCGAGAGAACAAAAGACUUGAUCAGAGGGAUCGGAAUGAAUUAGGGAACCAGAUUACUAGUGAGGCUGGCAAUAAAAAUUUCCGCUAUGUCCUCUAA